AAGGUGGAAGCUUAGAUGUAGAUUUUAGAUGUUUCAUUUGUUUCUCUUGUGAGUAUUUUAAAGGUAUAAAUUUUCCUUAAAGCAUUAUUUAGCUGUGUGCCACAAUUCUUAAUAUACUUUUCCAUUAUCCUUCAGUUUGAAAAUACUUUCUUUUGCUCAAUUUCCAAUUAUUUGUAAUUUUCUAAAUAAUCUUAUUGUUCACAAUUUCUAAUUUAAAUCCAUUUCGUCAGAUCACAUAUUCUUUAUCAUUCCUUAUUAUUCCACUCCUUUGAAAUUCAAUGAGACUUAUCUUAUGGCCCACCGUACAGUCUAUCUUAGUGAAUGCUCCAUUGUCACUUAAAAAAAAUGUGUAUGCUAGAGCGGCCCUUAAAGUGCCGGGGAGAGGAGGGCGGGCGGGGACCACCCCAGAGCAGGCCACCGGCAGUAUCAUGGCCACCCGGAACCCCCCUCCACAAGAGUGUGAAAGCGAUGACGACUCUUACGAAGUGUUGGAUUUAACUGAGUAUGCGAGAAGACACCACUGGUGGAAUCGAGUGUUUGGCCACAGUUCGGGACCUAUGGUAGAAAAAUACUCAGUAGCUACCCAGAUUGUAAUGGGUGGCGUGACUGGCUGGUGUGCGGGAUUUUUGUUCCAGAAAGUUGGAAAACUUGCAGCAACCGCAGUGGGUGGUGGCUUUCUUCUCCUUCAGAUUGCCAGUCACAGUGGCUAUGUGCAGAUUGACUGGAAGAGAGUCGAAAAAGAUGUAAACAAAGCAAAAAAACAGAUUAAGAAACGAGCAAAUAAAGCAGCACCUGAAAUCAACAAUGUAGCUGAAGAAGCAACAGAAUUUAUCAAACAGAACAUUGUGAUAUCCAGUGGAUUUGUGGGAGGCUUUUUGCUAGGCCUUGCAUCUUAAGGACAUGAAUGUUCUACCAUAGUGGAUUUAAUGUGAGAAGAGAAGUGGUGGCUACAAGGUGGUCUGUCAACAGCACAGACCACUAGAGUCUCCAGGGCAAGGAAGAACAACUGGCUGGACAAUAUCGAACUCACAACUUAGCAUUUUGCCAUCUGAAGCUUGGCAAACUAGUAUUUGCUGUCAACCUAUACGGUAUGCAAACAAUAGUAUUCCUGAGCAAAACACUUUCAUCAUUUUUAAAAAUUUGCAUCUGUUUAGAAGCUAGCCUAUAAAAUAUCACCAUUGGAUGUAGAUAUGGAGAAGAAAUAAAUGUUGGAUUUAUUGCCCAGUG